CACGUCGAUCCGUUAUGAAUUACUAGUCGGCGCUUUAAAAAAGUGCUAUUCUUGGCUCUUUGCAAUCCUUUAUAUAUUGAAGAAUCUCGUAAAUUUCUUUUCGUUUUGCGGGGAAGUUUCUUGUUAUUUUGUUUUUAAUUCUAGACAGAAAGAAACCUUAUUACAUAUUCAUAUAUUACUAAGAAUUUUCAGUUGACAAAGAGUAUAUAAAGUGCUACUGGGGAUUCGUUUUCAUAGAGAAAUAUGAUGAGUUCCCCUAACAAAAUGGGUGAGGGGGAGAGGUUGGAAAUCUUCGGAUACGGAUCUCUCGUGUGGAAACACGACUUUAAUUUUGCAGUAAAGGAGAAUGGAUAUAUUAAAGGAUAUCAGAGGAAAUUUUGGCAGCAAAAUAAAACUCAUCGAGGAACACCUGAUCAGCCAGGGAGGGUUGCAAUUUUGCAUGAAACCCACGAUGAGGACAAAGUAUGGGGUACAAAGUUUAGCGUAGUUGGAGCCCCUGAUAUCCAGGAAGCCAGAGAGAAACUAAACAUCCGAGAAACUGUUUUGGGUGGUUAUAUAUCCACAUCCAAAACAUUCUACAGUGAAACUGGUGCUCAGUGCAGUGUGCUGCUUUUUACUGCCACUAAGGACAACGAUCUCUACGUGGGGCCUAUUUCCAGUUAUAUGGAUGAGGACAUUGAACACAUCGCGGAACAAGUAAUCAGGUCGUGCGGCUUCGCCGGAACUAACGCUGAAUACGUUAUCAAGCUAGCUGAUUUUGUACGAAACAACUUUCCACAAGAAAAUGACGAACACUUAUUUCUACUCGACAAAAGAGUUAAAGAAAAGAUGAAAGAAAACCGAUAAUUACAUGCAUAAAGAAUACACGAUUUUGUGUAUAUAUGCAUGUAAAUAGAUUGAUGGAUGUAUAUAACAAUAUACAUGUAUACAAUUCAGUCGCAAACUAAUUGCAGCAGAUUGUUUGGGCUGUUUUUUUUAAACAUUAAGUGUCUAUUUCUGGUAGAAUACAACAUCAACAUCGGUUUCAAUAUGAUGAAAUAAUGUUUACAAGCAAAUCUAUUUGAUUGGGUGGGCGACUCCAAUUUGGAAAUGGUUUGUGACCUAAUUUCUUUGUAAACCCCACUGCAUUUGAUUACAGACAUCUUUAUUUGAUAUUUCAUUAUGUGUGUGUAGGGAGUCAGAUACGAUAUAUCAAUGCAAGGUGAAGAUAACGAACAGUGAUCAAUCUCAUAACUCCUACAAGCAAUACAAAAUAGAUAGUUGGGCAAACACGGACCCCUGGACACACCAGAGGUGGGAUCAGGUGCCUAGGAGGAGUAAGCAUCAGUGUAAUACAUGUUGUUAUUUAGUAUUUUUUGCCACCAUUAUGCUGGGGGGUUUUCAAUACAACUUAAUUUACGAAAUAAAUUUUUUCAUUCAAAUUUA